GGAAGAGCGUAUUUUAGUUAAUGAGAUCCACGUUAAACUAUAGUAACAAGCCGGUUCUAGAUCAGGUGAUGAUGGCACAUCAGGCUCCCUCUGUGGCAAGGGACGCAGUGUUGAAGGAGAGCUGCUCUCUGCCAGAGGACAUGACCCGGAUUAAAGGUUAUGACUUCAAUCAGGGUGUGAACUACAAAGCCCUGCUGCAGUCCUACCUCACCACAGGCUUCCAGGCCAGCAGCUUUGCCCUGGCCGUGAUGGAGAUCAAUAAAAUGAUAGAGAGGCGUUUGGAGCCAUUGAAGGAGCAGGAGGUGGGACAUGAGGGCAGCGGUUCUAAUCAGUCUGCUUCCGAGUGCACCAUCUUCCUGGGCUACACCUCCAACCUGAUCAGCUCGGGUGUGCGAGAGAGUAUUCGCUACCUCGCACAGCACAAAAUGGUAGAUGUGAUAGUAACCACAGCAGGAGGGAUUGAAGAGGACCUUAUAAAAUGUUUAGCACACACGUAUCUUGGAGAGUUCAGUCUCAAAGGCAAAGAGCUACGACAGAAAGGCCUUAAUAGAAUAGGGAAUCUCCUGGUACCAAACGAUAAUUACUGUAAGUUUGAAGACUGGCUGAUGCCUAUUCUGGACCAAAUGGUUCUGGAACAGAAAACAGAGGGCACACUCUGGACACCCUCGAAAAUGAUCCACCGACUCGGCAAAGAAAUCAACAAUCCAGAUUCUGUUUAUUACUGGGCCUAUAAGAAUGACAUCCCAGUGUUUAGCCCCGCCCUCACUGACGGCUCAUUGGGGGAUAUGAUCUAUUUCCACUCCUACAAGAACCCUGGACUGGUGCUUGACAUUGUGGAGGAUAUUCGGAGUUUAAACAGUAAAGCCGUGUUUGCCAAGAGCACAGGGAUGAUUAUUCUCGGAGGAGGUCUCGUCAAACAUCAUAUCGCUAAUGCUAAUCUCAUGAGGAAUGGAGCAGAUUUUGCGGUGUUUGUCAACACUGGUCAGGAGUUUGAUGGCUCAGACUCAGGGGCCAGACCGGAUGAGGCUGUUUCUUGGGGAAAGAUCCGCGUGGAUGCCACACCUGUAAAAGUAUAUCAGUACUAUAUAGUAUUUCCACUCUUAGUAGCUGAAACAUUUGCACACAACGCCAACAGACUGAUCAAGGAAAAGAAGAGCGACUGAUGGUGCUUUUCUCUUCAUGAACCUCUCAAGUGCUCUCUGUCUGUUCCUGUUUGCUUGUCAAUCAUUUGAAUGCACCAUCUAUAUUAAUGACAUCAUUUUGGACUUUUCUGUCUGAACAAGCAUGUCAUCCUUGUUUUUAUUUAAAUAUAUAUAUAAUAUUAUAUAAUAUUAUGACAUUGCUCUGUGUGUUCAUCUGUGAAACAUUGUGCAUAAAAUGUAGUGUUCUGUCACUUUAAAUUAAUAUUCUUUGUUCAAUAAUAGUGU